AUGGACGGCCUCGCGCGGGAGCUCGUCGUCCGCGGGCGCCUGCGCGUGCUCUGCGUCGACACGCGCGGCGCGGGCCGGUCGUCGGGCGCCGCGACGUGGACGGGCUGGGACGAGGUCAAGGACGUCCGCGCCGCGUGCCGCUACGCGGGCGCCGGCGGUCGCAACGUCGUGCUCCUCGGCACCUCGGGCGCGGCGCCCUUCGCCGGGACGGCGUCCCUGUCCGAGGACGUUGUGGUCGGGACCGUGCAGAUGGGCUACACGUGCGGCUACCUCUGCUCGGUCCUCUGGCGCGGCCAUUUCGGGCCUUACUUUUCCUCGCCGAAGCCGAAGCUCUUCCUCCACGGCUCCAAGGACGAGCACACGAGCGUGCCGCAGCUGAAGAGCUGGAUCCGCCGCGCGCCCGACGCCGCGGAGCUCGAGGUCUUCGAGGGCGUCGGCCACUACGAGCUCGAGAGCCCGUCCUACGACGGCGACGUCGCCGCGAGGAUCGUUGCAGCGACUCUGAGGCAGCCCGAGCGUCGACGACGACGACCGCUGCCCGCUUGCAUCCGCAAGACCAGGCAAGACGCCACAAUGAGGCUCGUCCCGCUGCUUUGUGCGCUCGCAACAACAGCAGCAAUGGACGUGAGCCGCGCGCGCGAGGGCCUCGUCGCGUACGCCAAGGCUGGACCGAUCUUCAUCAACUCGGCUGUGCGCGCGCGCCGACUCGAGUCGCGCGCGCGGGCGGUCGAGGCUGCCGGCCAACGGCCGCCCGAGUGGCCGCGCGACGCGGACUUGCUCUGCGGACGCUGGGAGCUCGUCGCGACGACGCGCGGCGGCGCCGACCUGCUGCAGACGAUGCGCGACCAGCCCGCGCUCGGCAGCGCGAACGUGUAUCAGGACUGGUCGCGGGAGGGCGACGAGGUAAGGUGCGACAACGUGAUCACCAUCGGUCGGCCGAACGCGGGGCUGCUCUCGGCGUGGACGCUCCUCGCGCCGGGCACGAGCAGCUCGCUGCGGCUCCGCCACGCGGCCGCGGUCGUGUCGGCGCGGGAGCCGCUGACGAUCGACCUCGAGCUCGACGGCGUCGUCGUCGACGGAUCGCGGCCCGGCGAGGACGUCCAGACGAUUUUCUCGUUGCCGAUGCCGCGCUCCGCCGCGGGCGAGGCCGGCCUCUUCGAGACGACGUUCCUCGACGACGCGCUCCGAAUAGCCCGCGCCGGCGACGCGCUCCGCGUGUUUGAACGGGUCGUUGAUACCUAAAGCGGUGGCCGGAUAUCUGUUUCUAGCGGAGGCGUAGCCGGGAAUGCCGGACUUAAAAAAGCGGCGUGUUUGCGCCGCGAGCAUUCGACUCGGCAGCUCGCCGGCGGCGCUGCUCCGAGUCACGCCCGACGAUUUGCCCUUCUCUAGAGGGACGCUGGACGCCCCGGCGCGCCCAGUAGCGGCGAUCUCGUCGCGGUGCUCGGUCGGAUUUCAUCGUCAUGCGGCA